AUGGAUUUAUUGAUUUUCGAACGCAAGCAUCGAACCGUAGAGAAUUGUAAAAAGCCAUUAUCUGUUCAAGUUAGUAAAUAUUAUGGAAUAUUGGAAGGUGAACAAGUUAUAGUAUCAGAUUCGAAGGCUGCUAGUGAUUUAAAUACAUCUGGAUGUUACGGUGAAUUUUUGCAACGACGUGAGCCCCGCGUAUCAAUGGAAUGUUUCGAAAAUAAUGUUCAUCAACAACACCAGCAAGAAAGAUUAGCUAAAACUUGGAAAAAAUUAUGGCCAACGGAUAACUCACUUCGUUUGGGCAUGGAGGAAGCAAUAUACCUCAGUGCGGAAAUCGCAGUGUUGCACAUAUUUACUGAUAAUGGGCAAGAAUGUGCACCAGACGUUAUCUGGAAGGCAUUCUAUGAUCGUUAUGGAAUUCGAUUUGUAAGACGUUAUGCAACUUACCGAUAUUUUAGAUGUCAAGGUUGGAUUGUGCGAUCUGGCCUUCAUUAUGGAGUGGAUUUCAUGCUUUAUCGUGAUGGGCCUGAAUAUUAUCAUAGCAGUGCAGCGGUACGAAUUGUUUCUACAGAAGAUAAACGCGAUGUAUCAUCCUUCAUUGUGCUUAAUAGAGAGUUAAAUAGUAUAAAGAAGACAUUGAUAGAAGUGACCGUUAUUAUUCCUGAGGACUGUAAUGUUCAAAGCAUCGAUUCCAUCCACUGCAUUUCUGUUAAACAUACUACCUCCCUCACUUGGAAGACAUCUGAUGAUCGGUGA